UUUAAAGGAAUUUAUUGAAAACAUGUUUCGUAUACUUCACUGUGGUAGAGCAGUACUACAGAGAGCAACAGUUGUGUCCAAUACUUUACUUACAGUACCAACUAGUUCAAAAUGUAGAUGGCAGGAUUCCUUGUAUGUAGGGUCAAGAACUAAAGUACAUAAUUUCCGUAAACCCAAAUUUGUGCGCUAUAACUUACAGCCCAAAAUAUCUGCAUCAUAUGUGAAUUUCUUUACACAAUCUGUGCAUAAUGUUGAAGGGACAAUCAAUCAAGUUGUGUUGGAAAAGGUUAGAGAAAUGAUGGUUGGUUGGGAUUUUGAUAUAGUGGAGAAGCAGAUUUUACAAGAACUGUACAAUGGAACUGUGAACUUAGAUGUGGUGUUUUAUGUUGUCAAAUUGAUGCUGGACAAGAACUAUUUGCCACAAGAUCUAAUUAAUGGUGUGUUCGAUUUAUCCUUAGACAAUCUUAAUGAUGUUGUUCAUAACCAUGACCAAGCCGCUGAACUUAUGUUAAUGGCUUUUAUAUGCAGUUCUAAAGUGCCUGAUGCGUUUUUACUGGCAAUGCAGAAUUAUCUUCAUAGAAAUAUUCAAAAGUUUCAUAUUAAACACAUAAAAUACUUUUAUCUUGCGUUUCAAAAGUGUAAAUGGGUAGUGACGAAUUCAUUGAAUCAGAGUGUUGUCAACAUUAUGUUGAAAAAUAUGUUGACCUUGCACCACAAUGACAUUUUAAACGUUUUCAAAUCAUUAAUGGUUUCAAAUUAUUAUGAUAAAAAUGGAGUGGAGAAAAUAGCUGAAAGUUUAUUAGAAAAUAACAAGAUUCUGAGUCUGAUAUCGGACCAGCAUCUUCAACUCUAUAUACACUUUUUCAUAUCAAGACAUUAUUAUCAGGAAGCUCUCUAUGACUCUUUCCUACAAAAUUUUAAUUUUUUAGUCAGUAAUAUGAAAAUAACUAACAUUAAAGCCACUUCAUUCAUCUUAAGUAGCUUUGGUACCAUUCAGUUUAAGCCGAAAAAUAAAGUAUACAGAGAGAUUUGUACUAAACUAGAGAAGAUUUGUUUAGAUACACAAUAUAAGCCAGCUUAUUUUUCUAAUAAUGAUGAAUGGAUCCCUGAGUUUGUAAAUGGAAUGAUUUUUUUUGGAUUUUUUUCUGAUGAUCUUCUGAGUAAGGUUUUUUCUUCCAUUGACAGACUUCCAGAUAACAAAUUAAAAAGACAACAGAUUCUGUUUAUCCAUUACAGUAUGCUUAUUGAACAUCCAGAAUACAAUGGAUCUCUUCUUCCAUCACAAUUAAUAAAAGACAUGCAAAUCGAUUCCACCGAACGUUUUAGAUGGGAAAGGAGAUCCGAUAAAGCAAGAAAUCUAGAAACGAUAUAUGAUGUUUUGUGUGAUAUGUUAGGACAAGAUUAUGUACAUUGGUAUCACAUAUUACCUCAUUUCACUUACUCAGAUAUUGAAAUAAGACUGAAAAAAGAUGGAAGUGUGGUAGCUUUUGAACCAGAAACUUAUUUACAACGAGUCAACUCUGAAUUGGACAAGAAAGCUUCUCCUGGUGUUACUAAGGUUAUUAUAAUGCAUUUGAAUGAAAACUCAUUUCUGAAUGGAUCACCUGAACUUAAAGGUCGAAGUGUAGUCAAGAUUCGUCAGUUACAAAUAUUAGGAUAUCACAUCUUAACGAUAGCAAAAGAUGAAUUACGAGUGUUACCAACUCAAAAAGAAAGAAUAGACUUUAUGACAGAGUUGAUUGAAAAUAACUUUGAUGUGAAACUCAAGUUACCUGAAGUGAAAAGGAAAAUGAAGUGAAAAAUUCAAAAAUAUUCUUUUGAUAAAAUUAUUUAUAUGAAUUCC